CAGGAGCUUUAUUACCUCCGCGCCAUGGCGCUAGAGGCUAUCCGGUACGCUCGGGGGUCGCUGGAGAUCCUCGACCAGCUGCUGCUGCCCCAGCAGAGCCGUUACGAAGCGGUGGGCUCGGUGCAGCAAGCCUGGGAGGCGAUCCACGCCAUGAAGGUGCGGGGCGCCCCGGCCAUCGCCCUGGUGGGCUGCCUCAGCCUCGCGGUGGAGCUGCAGGCCGGAGCCGGAGGCCCGGGCCCAGCUGCCCUCGCGGCCUUCGUGCGGGACAAGCUGAGCUUCCUCGUGUCCGCGCGGCCCACCGCCGUCAACAUGGCCCGCGCCGCCCGCGCCCUGGCCCACGCCGCGGCCCGCGAGGCGGAGAAGGAAGGCGCCACGGAAGAGGCGGUCCGGGAAAGAGUGAUCUGUCUCGCUGAGGACAUGCUGGACCAAGACCUCAAAGACAAUCAGCGCAUCGGGGACCUUGGAGCCCACCACCUCCUGGAACGAGCAGCCCCUGGGGGUGGUAAAGUGACUGUGCUGACACACUGUAACACCGGUGCCUUGGCCACCGCUGGCUACGGCACAGCCCUGGGUGUGAUUCGCUCCCUGCACAAGCUGAACCGUCUGGAGCAUGCCUUCUGCACCGAGACACGUCCCUAUAACCAGGGCGCCCGGCUGACAGCCUUUGAGCUGGUGUUCGAGCAGAUCCCUGGUACCCUCAUUACCGACAGCAUGGCGGCAGCCGCCAUGGCCCACAAGGGCGUGUCAGCUGUCAUUGUGGGCGCCGACCGCGUGGUUGCCAAUGGUGACACAGCCAAUAAAGUGGGCACCUACCAGCUAGCCAUUGUGGCCAAACAUCAUGGUGUCCCCUUCUACGUGGCGGCCCCCAGCUCCUCGUGCGACCUCAGGCUGCAGACUGGCCAGGACAUUGUGAUCGAGGAGCGCCCAGGCCACGAACUGACCGACAUCAAUGGGGUCAGGAUAGCCGCUCCCGGAAUUGGGGUUUGGAACCCAGCCUUCGAUGUCACACCCCACGAGCUCAUCACUGGAGGGAUCAUCACAGAACGAGGGGUCUUUGCCCCCGAGGAGCUCCAGGCAGCCCUAAGUGCCACUGUCCCCUCUGGGGGAGGACCCUAGGUAUCCCUCAGAUGUCACCAGCCCAGCUCUCCUACCCUGCCCCCAUUCCUCAGGGUUUAUAAUAAAUGUCUUGA